AUGCGCCUUGAACUGCUCCAGCGCCGCGUGUCCAACUUUAACGGUCCACGGCACAACGGAAGUCUGGUGUUGGCUUCUGCGGGAACCCCCGGUACCGUCGCGGAGGUCUACACCUUCGGCGCACCGGCCGUCUCCCGCCCUGCAAUGCCUGACAACACGCAACAGGACAAGUGCUUCCGUGGCCUCCGCACUUUCACAGAGAACAAGCUUCCGGGAGGAGGGCGUCAGGUCGAUGCGGCCUCAAUGUUUGAUGCAUACGCUCAUGCGAUUAUCUCCACCCUGGCAUUGGACUGGGGGCAGGACUCCUACUACAAAGCCUGCCCCGGGGAAGUGAGCUGGCCGAAAGGCGGUGGCGCAGCAGACUGGGGCCUACACUCGGAGAAGCACUAUGCACCGAGGCUCAAGGACGCGGCCGUUGAAGCCUUGGCUGAGGCGUUGGCCACCAACGGCCCUGAUCAUCGCGAGCGAGAGAGCGGCUAUGCAGCCCUGCACUAUGCUGCACAAUACGGCAUGGUGCGCUUGGCAAGAGCUUUGCUGGACGCCGGGGCGCCGAUGAACAGCCAAACGAAGGACUUGAUAUUGCAAAACGUCGUGGUUCAAGCCGGCGGCCAGACCCCCUUACACUUGGCUGCUCGUUCUGGUGAGAAGGAGAUGGCUCAACUUCUCAUGGAAAGGAGGGCAGAUGCUUCUGUGCGUGAUGCAGACGGUUUUGCAGCUGUGGAGAUUGCGCGGUUGCGCAACCGCGACAGCAUUUGUGAGGCCUUGGGGGUGAGUCCUGCUCUGAUGGACCAAGAGGAUCUGCAGAAGCGAGCUGCCCAGGCCAAGGAAGACGGCAGGAUUCGAGCUGCCAAGCAGCUGGAUGUUCCUGCACACUUGCGCCAAGUGUAUACGCUGAAGGCCGUGUGGUCACCAACAGAGUGCGACCACGUUCUGGGUGCUGUUAAAGCUGCUGUGGAGAAAGCUUCCGGAUGGACAACUGACAGGCACGCGGCCUAUGCCACCACAGACCUGCCUUGCAGCCGCAUUCCAGAAGUCGACGCUUGGGUGAGAGCAUCGCUAGCAGAAAGGGUGUUUCCGCAGCUCGCCAAGCGGCAUGGUUGGGGUGAUGGAUCUGGUUCGUGCCUCUACUUCAGGGACCUCUUCUUCGUUCAGUACUCUGUGCAGGGUCAAGCUGGCCUGGCCCUACAUCGCGACGGCUCCAUCAUCUCCUUCAACAUCCUGCUGAACGACGCGGGAGAUUUCGAAGGUGGUGGCACAUAUGUGGAAGCAGAUGACUUUGCUUACCAGAUACAGCAAGGAGAUUGCUUUGUACAUAGCGGGAAGCUGCGCCACGGUGGCCAGCCGGUGACCCGAGGUGAGCGAUACAUUGUCGUGGGCUUUGUGGAUGUUGAAGAGAUCGGCUCAACCUAA